AAGAGCCGAGUUACAGAUCUCAGACCAGUCAUCAUUCCCAAAUCAUAGCUAAUAAUGGGAACCAAUCUGACCGUGGACCAGCCCACCCGGGCUCCCUCCUCACUAGGAGUUACGCCAAGUGGGAUUCAGACCGGAGGAAAUCGUGCUGGAGCCACAUCCACACUCCACAGCAGCCCACGGCUUGAAGAGGCACGGACAGAAUUAAGUGAAAACCUGGUAGGAGCGACACAAAGGUUUACUGAGAAAAAAAAACACCGUAAGACGCGGCAGACAUUGAGAUUCGGCGUCCACGCGUUAGCUGGAGACAAUUUGGAACCUUUUCUUUCUGUUCCUACCGGUAGAGCGAAAGUGCUCUCACGGAGCCACGUUUAUUCAGAGAGCUAGCGGAAUGUAUUGCUAGCGAGCUAGCUAAGGUUAGCUAGCUAAUUAGCUUGUCAGACAGACAAGAGUCGGACGUGUGGUCUUCACUAAAUUAGGUCAGUUAUUUGGCGGCGUUUGACUUGAUGGAAAAAGCCGUACUCGCUGUGCUUUAUCCAUUAUCCUGACACGGUCAUUAUGUUCCGCCAAUAAGACACACAAUAAUUGCCCGAAUAGAUGAGUUACUAGAGUCACUUUCGUCUUAUUCAACCGAAUCCUUCGUUGAGGACAACGCCAAGAGGAGAAGGAAGGGGGGAAAACGCAGCUCAACGAUUUUUUUUUUCCCGAACGAAGACUCUCUGCUGUCCAAUGUUAAUGUCGACCGACGUUGCAUCUAUAAUGCUACCCGUUAGUCGGGGGAUAAUGGACCGAGAAAGAGACAUCGAUACGUCAGCGGUGCCGCAUACAAGCGCUGCCGGAGGUCCGGCGGCGGUCCGGGGGAUGAAGCGAGGAGACCCGGAGCCCGACGCUCUUGCAGCAGCAGCAGCCCUGACUGACCUGACCGGGGCGGAGUGCAAAAGACCAAGGAUAGACGGCACUGGGAGUGUUAUUGGCGAGAUUGGACAGAACAACGAGCCCUUAAAUCCUGGUUUCCAUGGAUACACGCCUCACAAUCAGGGGUCUCAGGAUACGUCAGGAGCACAGGACGGUUUGGUGGCACCAGCCUUCACAGCGUUCCCUCCUCCACCUCCUCCCCAGAAUGGCAUCGCUGGGACAGAAUUUGGCCCUGGGCCCAUGUUUGGCGCAGGGGGUCAAGGUACAGCUGAGAUCAAGGCUGAUGACACCACCCAAGGGGAGGCAGCUGUACAGUGUGGUACUGCAGGGACAGCAGCAGGGGGAUCUGGAGGAGACUCACCAGAGGCCAAAGGAACCCCCAAACGUCUCCAUGUUUCAAACAUCCCAUUCCGCUUCCGUGACCCAGAUCUCAGGCAGAUGUUUGGGCAAUAUGGGAAGAUUCUGGACGUAGAAAUUAUUUUCAAUGAGAGGGGUUCAAAGGGUUUUGGCUUUGUGACAUUUGAGACCAGCGCGGAUGCAGAGAAAGCCCGCGAAAAGCUCCAUGGCACAUUGGUGGAAGGUCGUAAGAUUGAGGUGAAUAACGCCACUGCCAGGGUGAUGACUAACAAGAAAAUGGUCAGCCCUUACCCUAACGGAGAGGCUCUGAGCACGCUGCCUUACGCAGGGUGGAAAUUGAGCCCAAUGGUCAGCGCUGUGUACGGACCGGAGCUCUAUGCAGUCCCAGGGUUCCCCUACCCUUCCGCGGCCGCAGCAGCCACGACGGCAGCCGCGGCGGCUGCGUUCCGCGGCGCUCACCUUCGCGGGAGGGGGCGGCCUGUCUACAGCGCGGUGCGGGCAGCCGUGCCUCAGCCUGCUAUUCCCGCGUACCCCGGACUAGUGUUUCAGGACUCAGUCCUUAGUCCCAGAUUGCCUCAGGGAGGCUAUCCUGCAGCCGCCGCCGCUGCCGCCGCCGCCGCUUACCGCUACACUCAGCCCGCGGCUGUAACCGGAGCAACCGCCGCAGCUGCCGCGUACAGCGACAGUUACGGCCGAGUUUACACGACGGAUCCAUACCACGCUUUAGCCCCUGCCGCCGCCGCCUACGGAGUGGGAGCCAUGGCCAGUUUAUACAGGGCGGGGUACAGUAGGUUUGCUCCCUACUAAAGCCACAAAAUUACACCCGAGGAAUUUCUUGUCUCUCCAGAAGCCUUUUUUUUAAGCUCUUUGUUUGGCAGACGCACCCUUCCGACUUUCUGCUGGUGGACUACAGUGACAACCUCCUCCUUUUUUUUUUUUCUUCCCCCCCCAUCUUUUUUUCUAUUGGCAAGAGAGAUGGUUGCCACAUCAUCACUUCUUCUUUCCCCGUCCGUCUGUCUGACAAGGAUCUAACGAAAAAGCUCUGGGCACAAUUUCUGAACGCUAACGUUUUUAGAAACACUAUUGGAUCCGUUGGAAAGAAACUGCUCCUGCUUGAUCCUGCGCACGACACACUACAGCGUUUUCUCCAACUCCUCAUUAGAACCCAUUCUCAAGUCCCUGCGCACCCAAUCCCACGGUGUCCUUCGGUGAUUGAGCUGCCACAAGAGCAGCAUCGCUUGUAAAAGCGACACUAAAAAAAAAAAAACAUCUUGAAGACAAGCGACGUCCCUCUGCUUUGGCACUGUGGCGCAUUCGUCAAGCGCAACUAACGCGACUGACAGGAAUUGCUCCUAUCCCCCGCCCCAAAAAAACCCCACCACCCAAAUCAUCAACUUAAAAUGCUCAAUUUUUGGUGCAAUCCCCAAAACGUUUCUCUUUCACCACAAUAUGUAAUGUCCACAAAAAAAAAGUUUUUAAAAAGUUUUUUUUUUCUUCUGCGUUACCUCAACAUUUUUGCUGCCAUUCUUAUUUAACAUGCCUUUAUUUUGGGUCACCACAUCAUUUCGUUGAGUAAAUGUGUCAGCUGAAAUCAUUUUGCUCAUCAACUACCAACACUAAGAGGAGGAAGCAUGAUUCUCUCCCCCCCCCCAAAAAAAAAGACUCUUUUGAUUACCUUGUAGCUCCAGCAGUAAUGCGGUGACUGAACCAUCAGAUGGAUGGAGAGGAACAGGACCCCCCCCCCACCACCACCACCUUAUGAGAUUUAAUAGACGAGAUGAGGGGAAAACAAACAUCUGCAUUUUGGCGGAUAAACUGACCCCUGACCCCCCCUCCCCCCUCCCUCCAUUCUGCUGGUUUCAUGCAAGAAGCAAUUUCAAUGUUUUUAUCCGUUUCUGGACACAACGAACAAUAAUUUUGGCAGUACAUAUAUAUAUAUUUUUUUUCCAGUUAACUCCUAUCAUCCUGUCUCUGAUUUUUGUAGGAGGCCUGGCCAAGUUUGUUCCAUGUACCGGUAAUCCACCUCCGUAUACUCGCACUAUGUUAUUGUUAUUGUUUGCCUUUUUUGGUUCCAAAGAUUUUUUUUUUCUUGUUGUUGAAAAAAAAAAAGCACACUUUAGACUUGAUAUAUUUCUCUCUUUUUUGUGGUUGUUUUGCCUGCACUUGACUCUGAUAUAUUUUUUAAUCUCUGGGUUUAAAAUGUAUUUUUCAAGGUUGAAACAGUCCAGUGCUGUCCGCAAGACACAUUUCAAAGGUUUGCAGCACCUUUUGGGAACCUGCAAUGAAUACAAGUCACAGAUUUUUUUUUUUUUUUUUGAAACACAUGGUGAUAAUUGACUUUUUUUUUUCUUCUCUACAUUCAAACUGUUUUGCUGCAAAUCCAAAAAUGACAGAAGUUGGAGUCAUGAGGGACAUUUGGCGAGAGGAUGGGAUGUUUGGAAUUGCCAAUGCGAGAGGCAAAGGGACAGGACUGCGUUUCCACUUUGGAACAAUGGAACGUUGUGCGGAUGGCAAACAUCAGGAAUAUUGAGGUGAAAAUUAUUAAUCCUAUAACUGACAGGACACCUUUUUUUUUCUCAUUUCGGAGUUGCUCGUGGAGCAGAGAACCCUGUGAGGAUGUUUUGUAUGAUUGUGACACUGAGUGCUGUAGUGAGUAUUUUUGGUGCGCUCUUUAUUUUUUUUUUUUGUCUUAUUAUUCCUUACAAGUAUUACCACAAGUGUUGCUAUGCAUGCUUUCCCGGGAGAGGAACCGAACUAUUUGCUUUGUGCAUGAAUUCUAGUCGGGAUUGCUGGAGGACGAGACGGCGGAGGUGCGCGAGCGAUGUGUUUGUUUUAUGACGUAGCGAGACGAAGGAACAAUUUUGGGAUGUUCCCUGAUUGAAGAUGAGGGAGGAAAGUCAGAAAAAAAGUCAAAGUAUCCGAGCCCAAAGCUGAUUGCGCUCUGCUUUAAUAUUUGGCUGAUCUCGGCCAAAUGCCUCAGAGGUUGUCACGGUAAUCAGAUAUGUCAUAUCAGAUAUGUUGAAAGUUUAAUUUGGGAUGUCCACCGCCCCCGCAUUCCUCCCCCCUGCGAGUUUCCUUUUGUAAUAAGUGAUAACAGUGCUGAGACAGACCAGACCCACUGUGGGACACUUCAAAAUGUUGCCCGCCAGUAGGAGGGGGGAGGGGGGGGGAGAAAUAUUGAUGUUGGGUGCACCAAGCAUUCUGUGCUUUUUCUUUGGAUGGGAUGUUAUUUAAACAGCUGAGCGGGGGGUGGGGUGGGUAAAAAAAAAAAAGCGUAACAAUUUGAAUGCUGGAAGCCAACUUUACACACAGCUGGUCUUCAACUCUGACCCCUGAGUCCUUGCACUGUGCUGACAUCAAACUCGAUGUUGGAACAUUGUGAUCGGGAUGAAGGAAAAGCGUGUGAAUUGCAUGCGGCCUCUUUUCUGUAUCACAUGCUGUCAAAAGGUCGCAUUUGACAAAGUGACUUUUCAUUUCACUCUGUAUUUUCUCACCAUGUUUGAUUUUGCCAUCCUUGUAUCUGCCUUAUGUUUAUUCUCCAUUAUUAUUGAAUGUAUAUAAUAAACGGUUUGGUUUUUA